AUGAGAAUUACACCCCAUCAGUGUCAAUGCAAAGCUUUCACGGAAAACGCAUUAGCGACAGUCAGGUUAUCAUUAUUGAUGAAGUUUCUAUGCUUCCCAAGCAUAUGUUGGAGGCAAUUGAUCGCGUCUGCAAACAAAUGUGCGAACCAAACAUGAAACAUCUUCCAUUCGGCGGCAAGGUUAUCAUUCUCAGCGGAGACUUCAAGCAAUCACUUCCUGUGGUUGCUGGAGGUGGUAUGCGAGAUCAAGUAAAUGCCUGCAUACAGUCUUCGCAAUUGUGGCCGCUUUUUAAAAAUAAUAUAAUUACGCUGAACAUCAACAUGCGUCAGGGACAAAAUGAACGUCAGUUCACUGAUUGGCUGCGCAAAAUUGGAAACGGGAAAUUAAAUAAGGAAGUGGAGAUCGAAAGUAGGAAUUUGGUGGGUUCGCGCCAAGAACUGAUGAAUUUUAUAACUGACAAUGGUCAAGCUCUUUCAAAUCCGAAAGAGCUCAUUAACAGACUUAUAUUAGCGCCGCAUAAUGACACAGUUAACGUGAU